CGACGGCGGCGUCCUCCCACACCAAUCAUUCUCUGUUUCGCCGCAUACAGAUAUGCAGGCCACCCACGAACCCGCUGCUCCGCUUCAGCACGCCCGACCCUGCUCCGUUCGCCACCGACUCGUCACUCACCGUCUACUCCAGCGGAGGUUACGCGGGCCACGCAUUUCCCAUCCAUCGCUACCAGCGGGCGGAUGGGUCGUGGCGAUUUGUCGGGUGGGCAAUGCGCGGCGCGAGCUGGUGGCGCCCUCGCACGGCGCGGGACGAUGCGCCCGCAAGGCAGCGGCUCACUCACGUUGGCCGCGCCUCAUGGCCGGGCGGCGCGUCUGCGUGGACCGAGGACGACUACUGGGCGCCCGAGCUCCACCGCGUCCGCGGCCAUGCGGGCCCUAGAUGCGGAAACACGGAUCCGUGCACUCCGACACUCUGUUGCAGCCGCAUUCUGCCGUAUUGGUGUCCGUAGCCCUUCUCCUCACACCCCGACCUUGGUGCAUGCACGGCGCAGGCCGGCUGCUCCUCUUCUACACGGCGAGGCGGCGCGACGGCACACUCUGCAUCGGCGUCGCCGCCAGCGCGUCGAACCUUCCGACGGGGCCGUUUGCCGACGCGCUGGGUCAGCCGCUGUUGUGCCGCCCGGACGGCGCGAUCGACCCGCACGUGUUUAUCGACCGGAGGGGAGACGACGCGACCCCGCACUUGCUGUGGAAGGAUGACUCCAACGCGCGCGGCGCUCGCACCACCAUCUUUCUUCAGCGGCUGCGCGCCGACGGCCUGGGCCUCGAGGGCGCGCCCAAGCCGCUGCUGUCCAACGACCCGGCCGGCUGGGAGGGGCCGCUAGUGGAGGCUCCUUGGCUUGUGCUCGACACCUCGAGCGCGCCGCACUACUACUUCCUAUUCUACUCCGCCAACGCCUUUAAUGGGCCCAAGUACGCAGUCGGCGUCGCGCGCGCAACGUCCCUCGCCGGCCGACCGUACGUCAAGCGCGGCGCCCCGAUCCUCCGCACGUCGCGAAAUGCCUCCGCCAGCCCAUUUGCAGGGCCGGGCCAUUGCGCCGUCGUCGGCGCACCCGGCGCGGGCAAGGCGCUCCUCUUCUACCACGUUUGGCAGCGGGCGGGGCGGUGGCCGGCGGUGGGCGAGAGGGGAGUGCCGCACGUCUCCGUCGGCGGCGUCAGGACGUGGGUGGAGCGAUUGUGGCUCGGAAACAGGACGCGGAGAGGGGCGCUGACAAGAGAGUUCACCUUCAGCUCGGGGAGCUAGGCAGGGCCUACCUCGCCGCCCGGGCGGCGCUCGGGGCGGCGCCUGAGUGGCUCUUCCAGCUGCCCGGCGAGCGGCGGCCGCUGACGCGCCACAUGGCGGGCUGGGUGAGCGAGACGCUCGACGAGGAGGGCGUGCGGGCUCCGGCCGGCUUCGUCUACCUCGGCCACUCGCUGCGCUCUGGCGGCUCGAGCGCCGCGGAGGCCAUCCGAGUGCCCCGCUUUAGGGGCAACUGGCUCGGCGGCUGGUCUCAGAAUGGCCGGACGCGCGAGCUCCACUACAUGGACCCGUCGGUGCUGCCGUCGCCCGAGGCCUACGAGCUGCUCGGCUGGCUCCUGGACGGAUCCUACCAGGCGCUUCCACCGUCGUGGGAGCGCCGCCGCGGCGCUGCUGACACAGCGGAGCCCGGCGAGCCGACGAGCUAGCUCCCUCGUCACACACGCGCACGGACGCAUGGAGAUCCGCGCGCGUGCCACACACACACACACACACACACACACACACACACACACACACACACCACUCCAUACGCGAGCCCGCUCUCGCUCCGCCGCUCGUGCGCCCCGCGCGCAUGUCGGCCUUCUCAUGCCUCCGGCCUCCGAGCGCCCACCUCGGGCGCUCGGGCGGUUGGGGAUGGCAUAUCGGUUCCCUGGGCGUUCACUAGCGCUCGCUUGUGGGUGAGAACGGAGUUCUCUGGGUAAGCUCAGCUGUGAACUUCCCAGUUGUUUGCUCUCCCUCCCUCCCUUACCCUGUUCAUGACUUGCUAGCGGGACCUGAGUAUUGUAUAAAAAUACUGUGAGGCGU